AUGGUGCGACCGAGGCACCGUCCUGUUGCCCACGUUAAAGAGGAUUCCAAUGAUGGGAUAUCAGAUGCAUCGUUUUGCCUGAGUGGAUCUGACAACGAUGGGUGUGAGACCGACUUGACUGAACCAUCCGAUCAGCCCGUUCCCCCCAGCAAGACAUCUCAGAGGCGCCGGUGUCCUGUGAACCUCGCGUCGUCAACGCCCCUUGAUUCUGGCACCGAAACGACCAGCAGCUCCGGUAUUAUCUGCCAGCCGAAUUAUGACGAUCCUUCAGAUGACACCGAUGAAAACCUGUCGGACGUUCCAUCUGAUUUUGGAGGUUCUGUCGGGACGAAGGCCCUUCGGCAUCGUAUCGAGAACCGCUGGAGACGGUUCUGCGCGAUCAAGGCAAAGCCAACAGCCAACCCUAAAUGGAACUGCGCAGAGGAAGCCCUCCGGCAGGCCUCAGCACAAGAUAUAUAUCGCUUUUUCAAUUGGAUCUUGGGAAAGCUAAAACGUGGCAAGGAUGGGCGUCGACUCCCGGGAGUCAAGGUGAGGGAUACCCUCAACACCGACUGGAAGUUCUUGCUGGGCUACUACAAGAAGGUGGCCGAACGGCCGAUGAGCGAGGCGAUGAGCAAGAAGAUACGUAAUGGCAUGCGAUACCUGACUAAAAAGUACGGCCUCAGAACACAGCCGCGUGAGAAUGUUCCUGUCUACAUUGAGAACAUGGUCCCCUUCAACGAAACCAUCCUCAAGACGCAGGAGAAACGGUUUCAUCUGGGCUUGGAGCGCCUGCUGCUCGGUUUCUACAACAUGCUGGGCCUCUUCACGGUCAACCGGAAAAAUGCCGUCCUCUCGAUCCAGUAUAGGGACCUCAAACUGUCUGUUCAGCGAAACCCUCAUGGGGGCCCGCCGGUACCGACGGUCGACUUCACCCCAACCUGCAUCAAGGAGAAGUUCGGAAUGAAAAAGCUCCUGCCGGCUGGCGAUCAAUUUGGCCUGGGUGAUAACCUGGACAACAGCAACACGUUCAUGCUGCCUGAGAUCAUCUACGGGAUCUCCCUUGUCUUCAGCCCUCAUGUCUUCCUGUUUGGUUUCCUCUUCCACGCCGAGGCCUUCGAGAACCCGACUCUCCGGACGAUGGACGACGUGCGGCGGCUGCUUCCCCAAGCCGGCUGCCAGGAGCUCGAGCUGCCGCUGAAGCGUGAGAUGGACAACUGGCAUCUCUUCCCCAAAGUGGUGAUUGAGAAGGGAGAGGCUCGCGUCCUGCGCGACACACCCAUGACGCUGGGCUCGAAUCUCAAGACCAUGAGCGAGAUCCAUGGAUGGCUCAACCCAUUCUACACCCACCAAUUCCGGUACGGCGGAGGCAAGUUGCUUGACGAGAGCGGUGCAGGAUUCGUCAGUGGCGCGCAGAUGAAUGUGAUCAUGAACCAUGCAUCGAUGAAUACAUUCAUCAAACACUAUCGGAUCCGGCGCCACGCCAACCUGCAGGAAGUCAUGUGCGGACUUGACCCGGACCGGGAGUGGGAGCGGGCGUUGACCGGGCAGGAUCGAUUACGCGACGUGCGGCGACCACGGUAUCUCACCGAUGCGGAGCGGCGUUCUGUGGAGCAGGAUCCCGAGCUGCGCGCGGCCAUCAGUGUCCACCGGGAGAUGAGAGAUCUGUUUGCCGGGACCGGUGACCCGGCGUUGCAACUCACUGCGAGCCACCUUGACCAGGAGAUCACCAACAUCCGUCAGAGGCUGCUCUACAGGUUGAGAAACGAAGUGCGCCGGGAUUUCAGCCGGAAACAGGCAGUGGUCGAUAUCGAGCGCCAGCUACCGGGAACUGCAGUCUACACCGAGCCCGCCCAACGGCCGUCCAGGAAGGAGCCUUGUGCUCCGCCGGCACAGAUGCAUCUCCUCGAGUGCCUUAUGAGCCUCCCCAAAUCAGAGUCCCUGGAUGAUGAAUGGCAACGGCGCAACAAAGCGGUGGAGGCUGUGAGACAGUACUGUGACUUUCGCGAGGGCGGCCCUCUCCGAGGACGGCUGUCGCAAAAGGCACCCAGUGAUAAUGCUUGCAGCCCAGAUGUAGGGACAAAAGCCGAGCAAGGAACUGCCAGUGCUGCUCCUCCCUGGGAGCAGAAAUACCAGGAGCUCGAGGAGCACAUCCGGUCAGCGCUGAAGCCCGAAGCAUGCUUCCAGUGCCGGAAGAAGUAUUCCAGGUAUGCCGAUGUUCUGAGGCACUUCCGAUCGGCACAUCUGAAAGAUCGCCAAUGCAAUUUUUGCUGCAUACUGCUUCCAGACCAGAUGGCUCUACAGUUGCACGCGUUUACGGUGCACCGCCUGGAGACCUAA